AUGAACGGCAUGAACGGCGCCAACAUGGGCGCUGUCAUGCCCGCGCCCACGCCGGCCGGCCACCAGGCCGAGCUCAACUACAUCUACGGCAUGGUCGAGGAGCUGAGUCGACAGCUGGCCGACAACAGGAGGGUCACCGAGGACAUUGUCAGCGGGCUGGGCAGAGUGCGGAACAAGGCAAAGGCCCAAGGGCUGGCCAACGGCGACGUGAUUUCCUCUGCCGCCGACGACAUCAACGCCCAGGAAUCCAACCUCGACAGCAUCAUCUCCGAGCUCUCAGAAUCCUUCGACAGGGCCAAGCACAGCCGCGACGCAAACGCCGCCCUCCUCACCCAGUACGCAAACGCCCUCUCCCUCAUGCUCAAGCAGUUCCACGACUACAAGUCCAAGCACGUCGCCGACGUCGCCGCCUGGCACCGCUCCUACCGCGCGCAGCUCGACGAGGCCCGCCGCGAGAACAGCCGCCUGCGCGAGCAGAUCUGGGAGAUGCAGACGCACGCCGCCCGCGCCAACGAGUCGCUGCGCAAGUUCCGCCGCAAGUACGACGAGGACGAGGAGCGGUUUGCGAAGCGCGUCGAUGAUACCGCGCUGAGGCAGGAGGUGCGCUUUUGGAAGAGGAUGGCUAUGCCGGAGCUCGAGGACGACGAUCCGUACUGGAGCGGGGAUGACGACAUUAUUGACGAGGCGGAGAAGGAGAGGCUGAGGGAGCUGGAGCUGCGUGCGGCUCAGGAGCAGCAUAUGGUGGAUAGCCAGGGCGAAGACAGCGACGAGCAGCACCACUUGUCGUCUAUGGGCAUGAUGGGCGGCAUUGCUAUGCAGAGAGAGGAGUCUUCUGGACAGAUUUUGCCUAUACCGCCUCCAAGGCCGCUCAGCGCGGCGUCUAGUACGGGGUCAACCGGUAGAUGA